AUGAGGCUCCUUUCGUGGAAUGUCAGGGGUUGCAAUGCCCCUGAAAAUAUUAUACUGAUCAAGAGAUGCCUUGAUCAGUUUAGAUUGGAUACAGUUUGUUUGCAGGAAACCAAAAUUAAGAUAGAGGAUUUUGCUACUUUUCAUAGAAGAUUCAAAAAAUGGAAAUGUGCUUUAGUGAAAGCUCGGGGAGCUUCGGGUGGUCUAGCUAUUAUGUGGAAUGACUCUUUGGUGGAUGUCACAAUCAUGAGACAGGGUAAUUGGUGGCAAUGGGUGAGAGUUUUCUCCAAACAAUUUUAUAUGCAUGUUUAUAUGAUCAAUGUUUAUGGUGCAAACAACACUAUUUUAAAAAGACAGCUAUGGACUGAUCUAUCUGAGUGUCUUAAACAGGACACUGAAAAUAUUUUCAUUAUAGGUGGUGACUUUAAUGGUUUGGUUAGACCUUUAGAUAAAAUGGGUGGAGUUGGUUGGAAUAGACAAAGUAACAAUGACUUCAAUUCCUUUAUUAGAGAAUCUGGUUUAAUUGAGAUUCCUUUCAAGUCUGGUGAAUUCGCAUGGACCAAUAAAAGAAGCAGAUUUUUAAGCAUAGAUGAAAGCCUGGAUAGGUUCUUUAUAGUUGGUGAUUGGUCAUCUAGUCUCUGGACAUGUAUUGUAGAUAUUCUCCCUUUUACGAGGUCUAAUCAUUACCGAAUAUAUCUUCGAAUACAAGAUGAAAAAGCUCCAGAUAGAUGUCCUUUCAAAUUUGAAGAAAUGUGGAUUAUGGACAACAACCUCGUAUCUCUGAUGGAGGUAUGGCGGAAUCACAUCCAAGAAAAGACAGAUCAUGAAGCUAUUAACAGGGAGGCCAUUAGUCACUUUUCUAAGUCUUUCAAUGGAGAAGUGCUAAUAGAUGAGGAUCUGCAGACCAUUAUGGAUAUCGUCCCUACAUGUGUGAAGGAACAACAUAAUAAGAUGUUAUUGAGUGUAGUGCCAAUGGAGGAGGCAAGAUCAACGGUUUUUGGUAUGGGCUCUGACAAAGCUCCAGGCUCAGAUGGUUUUCUUGCCCUCUUUUUUCAAAAAUUCUGGGAUAUUCUAGCUAGAGAUAUUUGGGAAUUUGUGGAGGAAUCAAGAAAGGGUGGUUUUGUCCUUCAAGAUUUCAAUAACACAUUCAUAGCACUAAUACCAAAGAAGGAGAAUAUCUCUACUUUCAAUGAUUGUAGGCCUAUAUCCCUUUGUAAUACAAUCUAUAAAGUAAUAUCAAAGGUGAUAGAAAAUAGAUUGAAACGGGUUUUGGAGGAGAUUAUUUCCCCAGAACACAGUGGGUUUGCACUUGGAAGAUCCAUCUACAAAGGAAUCAUCCUAGCACAUGAGGCAAUUCACUCCAUUCGGUUAUCAAAAGGGGAAAAAAUGAUGAUAAAAGUGGAUAUCAAAAAAGCUUAUGAUGAGGUGCAGAUUGGGUUGAAAGAUGGAGGCCACUUUCACUUUAAAGUCGCGGAAGCAGCAAAAGGCUCUAUAUGGGCCGGUGGAGAAUCCCAAGCCCAAACUCCUCCUCAAAUGCCCAUCUGA